UCAGGGAUCCAGCAGCCUCAUAGGGGAGAAUGAAAACUCCUCCUACAAGCUUUAACCAGUGCACUGCUGGACACUGAUAGAAAUCACAAGACUGCUCUAACUGCUGAUGAGAAAAGGUAUGUAGUAGUUUAUAAUUACUAAAAUAUUUGCACUUCCAUGUUCUGUGUACUGUGGGAGACCAGAUCUCGUGAAUGCAGGGUCCUGAGUUUAGUAACACACUUAUGUAUUUCCUGUCCUAGACUGACAAUGCUCAUGCUGUGCUGUAGC